UACAAAUCAGUAACUCUGGGUUUUCCAUACCCGACUCACGUUUCAACAGAACAUUAUUAAAUACCUCAGUCUUAUUAACUAUGUGUAUAAAUGAAUAACUAGUCAUUAUUUAUUAUAAAUGUGUUUUUUUAUAAAUAUAGUUUAGUGGUUUUGUGUUUUUUUUAAUAUGUUUCAAUAUACAAGCCUGGUUUUCCUUGUUUUUAUAUUUACAAAUCCGGUUUCUACAGCGGUAGUCGACAGUACAUCUUAUCUUUGCUCUGCGGACGAGUAUGCGUGUGGUGACGGAACAUGUAUAGGCCUGGCCUCAGUAUGUGAUGGGACUGCGGACUGUGUGGACCAAUCAGAUGAAGGAGUCUGCAGUGGGCAAGGACAUACAGUGUUGGAAUGGGAUAGAGUAAAAAGGCAGGCGUCUUCUUGCCGCAAGAACCAGUGGCAGUGUCGAGACGGCAGCUGUAUCGGCUUCGACGGGAAGUGUGACGGCGCGGUCGACUGCCCCGACGCCAGCGACGAGACCUUCCCACUGUGCCGGAAAACUCAAUGCCAGAGCAACUGGUUCAGAUGCACGUACGGGGCUUGCGUGGACGGGUCCGCUCCGUGCAACGGCGUGCGGGACUGCGCAGACAACUCCGACGAGCUGCUGCCUCGCUGUCGGAACGAGACCGACGAAACGCGUGGGCGUUUCAAAUGCAAGAAUGGGCAAGUGAUAUCUUCCGUGGAACAUUGUGAUGGUGUCAGGGACUGCGCUGAUGGCUCCGACGAGACCCUGGAGACCUGCGCCGCCAAGACCUGCCCCGGAUACCUGUUCCAGUGCGCGUACGGCGCCUGUGUCGACCAGGGCUCCGACUGCAAUGGGGUUAAAGAAUGCGCUGACGGCUCUGAUGAAUCCGAUGAGCUCUGCAACAGGAUCAGUCCGGGAGUCAAACCCGUUACUCCAACACCUACACCACCUACUAACAAACCUUCUCAAGGGGGUAACUGCAAGCUGCCCUCCUACCCUCAAUUCGGCACAUACACCGUCACCAACGUCCCUGGAGGGUUGCCUGGUGAAUCCUACACCAGCGUGUUCCUGAACAUCACCUGCAACCCUGGCUUCGGAGUUGAAGAGAUGAGGGACAAUAUCUGGUGCUAUAACGGAGUCUGGUCUAAUGAAAUGCCCAAAUGUGUUCGUUUCUGCAGACUAAACAAGCACCCAAGCGUAGAAUACCGCUGCAUCAGCACAGGUGCCUUCACAGGGUCCAGAGAAUGUGGACCCUUGGAACCAGCAGGGACCAUCGUCCAGCCGAUCUGCCGAACUCCAAAUUACUACUACCCGGGGGUCCUCUCCAAUAUGAACUGUAUCGAUGGUUACUGGGACUACAUAGCCCUAUGCAAGCCAGAGUGUGGAACGAUCACGCCUUUGGCCAAACCCCUCAUAAUAGGGGGUCGCACGGCCAAGAAGGGGGAGCUGCCAUGGCACACGGGCAUCUACGACAAGAUGUACAACCCCUACAUGCAAGUCUGUGGCGGCUCUCUGAUCUCCACAAACGCUGUUAUAUCAGCCGCCCAUUGCUUCUGGAGCGACUCGGAGAAGAAGCUGCCAGCCGCCAACUACGCCGUGGCUGUCGGCAAGCUGUACCGGCCCUGGAACAAUGUCAAAGACGAGGGCGCGCAGAAGUCUGACGUUGCAGAAAUAAAGCUAACUCCCCGCUACCAGGGCGCGGCUGCCAACUACCAGGAUGACAUAGCCAUAGUGCUAGUGGUGACUCCGUUCGUGUACCAGCCGUCCAUACGGCCCGUCUGUAUCAAUUUUGAUGUGCUUUUCGAUUUGCAGCAGAUGACUCCGGGCACAAUGGGAAAGGUAGCAGGCUGGGGUCUGACCACAUCAGCGGGCGGCGCGUCGCAGAUCCUCAAGGUGGUGGAGAUGCCCGUCGUCGCCAUCGACGAGUGCCGCGCGCGCUCGCCUGUCAGCUUCCGGGUUCACUUGACGAGCGACAAGAUAUGCGCCGGGUACACUAAUGGUACGACGCUGUGCCAGGGCGACAGCGGCGGCGGGCUGGCGUUCCCCGCCGUGGAGCAAGCGACGGAGCGCCACUACCUGCGCGGCGUGGUGUCCGUGUCGCCCGUCAGCGACGACGCGUGCAACCAGGACACGCUGGUCGCGUUCACGCAGGUCACCAAGCACGAGCACUUCAUCAAGCCCUACCUGUAAACACAGUCGGACAAUCGUAAUGUGACAAUAAAUGCCGAGCUUUU